UUCCCACACCUGAUGUGUGAGGUCAAGUGCGGCGCCGCGGCACUCGACGUGGCAGAUCGCCAGAACGUUCACAGCAUGACGCUCGCGGCGCGAGCGGUUGUUGAGCUGUUUCGACUGGUCCGACGAGAGAGAGAGAGCUUGACCGUGAGAUCCUUGCCCUUUUGGAUCUCUUACGAUCAUGAAUCCGUCAGGAUCUAUGGUCAUUACCCUAUUAUCGAGGCUGCGAAGACUACCUUCUACCGAUAUCUGAUCCACAACUUAGCUUCACGAGCUCGAAGGCAGGGACAAGUGCACAGCGUACAAAUUCACGAAAAGCAUCUAUCGGAUGUGGAUGCCGACUCGCUUCACGAGGCUCUGCUCCGUCGUUGAAUCAAUAUGA